AUGGAAACAUAUUCAACAGCUUUAUCAUCAGAAGAGACGACGGAUACUUUCGAUUCUAAUGAAGCGUUUCGUUUUGUUAAAGAAGUUCUUGAAGUUGAUCAAACUGGAAAAGUUGAUAGUGACACAAUGAAUGCUGCAUUAAAACCCAGAUGUGCACACUCUGAUAUUCAGAAAAAGGCAUCAAGAUCGAGACGAUUCACGAUAUCAAAACGUGCCAAAUGGAAUGAAAGACACUUCACUUCCCACAAUUCGAUUACUUUGAAGUGGUUCAUUUCCGAAUAUUCGAACGAUAUGGAUCGAGUGGAAACUCGUCGAGUUGUGAAGAAGGCGUUCGAAUUGUGGAGUUCUCAGAGUCAUAUCAAAAACGAGAAGAAAAUUAUAUUGAAUUUUGCGGAAGCUUUAACAAAGGAAGAUGCUGACAUCAACAUUCUUUGGGCUGAAGGAGAUCAUGGAGAUGAAUAUCCCUUUGACGGAGCAGAUGGAAAGAUUGAAGGAAACAAGAAAGAGAAUGUUCUUGCUCAUACUUUCUUCCCAGGAUAUAAUUUCCCCCUCAACGGAGAUAUUCAUUUCGAUGACGCAGAAAGUUGGGAAACUGAUCUAGAUGAAGUUGGAGGACCUGGAAACAGAAAACGUUUUUUCCCAUACGUGUUGGCUCAUGAAAUCGGACAUGCACUUGGAUUGGAUCAUUCCCAAAAACCAGACGCUCUGAUGCAUCCAUAUUACAAAAAUGUGCCAAUUAACGAGAUUCAAUUGGAUGUUGAUGAUAAGUGUGGAAUCAUUUGGAACUUCGGUGGAUCUUCAAACUACUGUUUGUAUAUUUGGCUCAUGAGUCAAAUUGUCGAGGCUCAUAAUAGUCCCUCCCAGAAUAAUCCUGGUGUCGGUUCAAUCACGAGCACAAGAAGUGGAAAAAGAACUUUGAAACACACAAAAAUUCCAAAAUGCUCAUCAACAAACUCGAGUCUUCGAAUGAAUUUUGAAAGAAAAAUAGCUGUUGGUUUACAACUGAAUGAUGAUGAUGCUAGACAUUACACCGAUAUUAUAUGCAACUUCCUUGCUGGUCUUCACAUCUGGAGAGCUGGACCAAAUUUCCAUUCUUCUGAAACUCUCGAGAAAGAAUAUAAAGGAGUCACUCAGGAAAUGGCAUCUUUUGGUGGAAAAGCAGUUUCAGUACGGAGGUUGAUACGGCAUGCUGAGCAUCAACAAGAGUCUAAGAAAAAGGGUCCUCUAGAUCCCGACUACUUCGACGACGAUUUUUUUGAAAACUUCUUCAUGGAAUACACCGUGUAA